AUGGGUAUCCCCAAGUUCUUCCGCUUCAUGUCGGAGCGCUAUCCGCUCAUCAGUCAGCUCAUCGAGGACAACAAGAUCCCCGAAUUCGACAACCUUUAUCUCGACAUGAACGGCAUCAUCCACAACUGCUCUCAUCCCAACGACAGCGAUGCCUCCUUCCGUAUAACAGAGACGCAGAUAUUUUUAGCUGUCUUUGCUUAUAUAGAGCAUCUCUUCAACAAGAUCAAACCCAGAAAGGUCUUCUUCCUCGCCGUCGAUGGUGUCGCUCCUCGAGCCAAGAUGAACCAGCAGCGUUCACGUCGUUUCCGUACCGCAAAGGAGGCAAAGGAGAUCAAGGAGAAGGCCGAGCGUCGUGGCGAAGUUCUGCCCGACGAAGAGGCCUUCGACUCCAACUGCAUCACCCCAGGUACUCCCUUCAUGGCAAAGCUCUCGCAGCAGCUCGAGUACUUUAUCGCCAAGAAGAUCACCGAAGACGCCGACUGGCGCAACGUCCAGGUCAUCCUCUCGGGACACGACGUUCCCGGCGAGGGUGAGCACAAGAUCAUGGAGUACAUCCGUCUCUCCAAGGCCCAGCCGGGCUACAACCCCAACGUCCGCCACUGUCUCUACGGUCUCGAUGCCGAUCUCGUCAUGCUGGGCCUGCUCAGCCAUGACCCGCAUUUCUGUUUGCUCCGAGAAGAGGUUCAGUUCGGACCUCGUCGCAAGUCCAAGGGAAGCCUUGAAUCCCAAAACUUCUUCUUGCUCCACCUCUCCCUCUUCAGAGAGUAUCUCGAUCUCGAGUUCCAGGAUCUUCGGUCCUCGCUGCCUUUCCCAUACGAGUUCGAAAGGAUCAUCGACGAUUUCAUCCUGCUCAACAUCUUUGUCGGCAACGAUUUCCUGCCCCAUCUGCCCGGCCUACACAUCAACGAGGGAGCUAUGGACCUCCUCUUCGGCAUCUACAAGAAGAUUCUGCCCGUCGCCGGUGGCUACCUCAACGAGAGCGGCACUCUGCGAACCGAUCGCCUCGAGCUCGUCCUCUCGGAGCUUUGCAACUUUGAGAUGGAGCAAUUCGAGCGCGACUAUGGCGAUACUGCUACCCACAAGGCCAAAGUCUCCAAGAAGCAGAAGGCCGUCUCUGCAGCAAAGGCUAAGGGCGGUCUCGUUCUCACCAAAUCUCAGCGUGACCUUUUUGACAAGGUGCACGCCUUCGUCAUGGCUCAACGACACGACCCAGCUGGCGCUCCCAAAGAGCUCAUGGUGCCAGCCGACCUUCCGAACAAGGACAAGCGAUUCCUGGAGGAUCUCGCUUCCAGCCUCAAGCUGCGCGCCUCGUUCAACAAGAUGGAUCCUGCGUCCCAGAUUCCCGCCAUCACCCUGUCCUUCCCCUCCAUCGCUCCCGAGGACGAUGACACUGACGACGGCCCCUCCGACGAGGACGGCGACGAUGAGGAUCAUGACUCGGACGAGCACGCAACUACCGAAGAGAUCGCCGCUGGGAAGAAGUCCACGGGUGCCAAGUCCGAGGCGGAUGUCGCCGUCGACCGCGUCCUCGGCCGCUACCUCAAGGCCAAAGUCGACACCGCCAGCGACGAGGAAGGUGAUGCAGAGGAGGACUACAAGAAGCGUCUCGACGCUCAGAUGACCGCAUGGAAGAAAGACUAUUACAAGGAGAAGCUCGAGAUCGACUACAACAACGAUGAGGGCAUGUCCAAGCUCGCCUUCCGCUACAUCGAAGGUCUUCAGUGGGUGCUCCACUACUACUACGACGGCGUCGCCUCUUGGGGCUGGUUCUACGACUACCACUACGCUCCCAAGAUCUCGGAUCUCAAGAACGUCGGCCAGAUGAAGUUCGAGUUCGAUCUCGGCAAGCCGUUCCGUCCGUUCGAUCAGCUGAUGGGAGUCCUUCCCGCGCUCAGUAACCAGCAUAUCCCCACCGCCUUCCGCGACCUGAUGACCGAUCCCAACUCUCCGAUCAUCGACUUUUACCCUCAGAACUUUGAAGCCGAUCUCAACGGCAAGAAACAGGACUGGGAGGCUGUCGUCAAGAUUCCCUUCAUCGACGAGAAGCGCUUGCUCGAAGCCCUCGACAAGCGCGAAGUGUACCUUGGCAUCGAGGAGCGCAAGCGCAACGGCUUCGGCCACAGCCGCGAGUUCACCUACAACGAGAAGGAAGAGUCCUUCUUCCCUUCGAGUCUUCCCGGUACCUUCCCAGAUCUCGUCCACAGCCGCGCCAACGUCAAGAACUUCGAUCUACCCACGCUCAACGGCCUCCGCCUCGUCAAGGGCCUCCCCCAGGGCGUCGAGCUCGGCGUGCGCGCCCUCGCCGGUUUCCCUUCGCUCAAGACGCUUCCCCAUUACGGUCGUCUCGGUCACCACGGUGUCAACAUCUUCCAGUCCGAGUCCAAGGGCGUGAGCAUGGUCGUCACCAUCGAGAACGCCUACGAGGACGCCAAGACCGAGACCAUCGCUGCCGCCAUGAUCGGCAACCGCGCCUUCCUCAACUGGCCCUUCCUUACCGAGGGUCUCGUGGUUGGUGUCUCGGACAACCUCUUCCGCUACGAAUUGGGUAUGGUCGGUGGUCAACAAAAGGUCAUUGCCAACCCUCAUCAGGGUGCCAGUCUCUCGGAUUUCCAACGCAAGGCUGAGCGUGCAGAGUACCACUACAGCAAACGGAUGGGUGUGCUGAUCGGCGACGUCGAUGUGCUCGUCCACAUUCGUCCGCUCAAGGGUCUCAAGCGUCUCGACGACGGUGCCUUUAUCAAGGACUACGAGGACAGCCCUAAGAAGGAGAUUGACCAGGCCGUGCAGGUGACCGUUUCCAACGUCGUCCACGACGAUACUCGUUUCCUCGAGUCGCCUGCCAAGCCUAUCCGCGAGGAGUACCCAGACAAGACCAGGAUCUUCUUCCUGGGUGCCAACGCCUACGGUACGCCCGCGCACGUCGUCGGCAGCACCGACGCUUCGCUCGCCAUCGAGGUGGCCUUCUUCCCCAACCAGGCCAAGGAGAACGCUUAUCUUCGCGAUCUCGUGAGCAAGCGUGCUCGCGUCAACUACUUCCCUUCUUACCAAGUCGCCAAAAGGUGCGGCAUCACCUCCCUCGCUCUGGCCAAGCUCACAUCGAGCAUGAUGCUCGCAUGGAAGGAUCAGAAGGUCAAUGUGGGUCUCCGACUCAAGUUCGAGGCCAAGGGUGAGAAGGUGCUCGGAUACUCGCGCAAGUCGGCCGCCGGAUGGGAGUUCUCUGAGAAGACGCUCGAGCUCGUCAAGGAGUACGUGCAGACCUUCCCCGAGAUCGCCAACAUGCUCAGCCAGAGGUCCAAUGUCGACAUCACGCGAGCCACGCAGAUCUGGGACGAGUCGGUCGUCGACGAAAAGAUGGCGCAGCUCAAGGACUGGAUCAAGGCCAAGGGUGUUCGCGACCUCGAGACCGUGCCUUUGUACGCCGAGCAGCUGUCGAAGGAGACGGUGCAGAACAUCGAGGCAUUCACCGCACGUCUCGUCGACACGCGAACUGCCAUUGGCGCUGCCAGCCAAGUCAAGCGCGUCUUCAUCAAGGGUAUCCCGCGCACCGCGCUUCUCAAGCCCAGCCACGCUCCUUUCCGUCUGCAAGCGCAGAGGUUCGAGCUCGGUGACCGUGUCAUCAUGGUGCAAGACAGCGGCAAUGUUCCGCUCUCGGCGCGCGGUGUUGUUGUCGGCAUCAACAGCAACUCGCUCGAGGUGGUGUUUGACGUGCCUUUCCUCAGCGGCACCACGCUCGGCGAUCGAUGUGCUCCUUACAAGGGCGCCACCGUCUCCUUUGUCAGCGUGCUCAACUUGACGCAGCCUCAGUUCGUCUGUGCCGGCACUACCGGCGCGAGCGACACGAGUGCUUCGGUCGGCAACGCUCUCGAGAGGACGCUAGGCCCGAUCGGCGGCACGGGCAGUGCGCAGAGCAACGGCAACGGUGCUCAUGGUUACGGUGCGGGCAACAGUGCCUACAGGCCGGUGAACCACUUUACCCCCUCCGCGGGCGCUCAGAAUGGUCGAGGCGGCAGCACGCAGAUCCUGCAGCGACCUCAGCAGCGCCACGCUCCUGUCUCUCAAGAUGUGGCCUUCUCCGGAGUCGCCAGCGGUGCGCACAAGCCUACGCGAACGGCAGCCUCGUCACAGCAGGUGGAAGAGAUCAACCCGAUCAUGGCUGCUCUCGGAAUUCGACCGCCGACCAACGGAAAUGGCCAUGGUCCUGCCCGUGGUGGUGCUCGCCCUCCUCGCCCGCAGCCUCAGCAGCCUCAGCAGCCCGCUGUCCCCGGUUUGAGACGAGAUCGCAACGUCCCUCCGAAACCAAACCUUGUCGCCCGCCGAAGGAUGUCGAUACCGCAACAGACUCAGGCGUACAAGCUGCGCAGCUUCGACAAGAGCCUCGAUGGCCUUGUCCUGGACUCGGACGUCCCGCUGCCUUCCGAACUCGGUCCGACAGAGGUGCUCGUGGAGGUGCAUGCAGUAUCACUCAAUGCUCGGGACUACCAGAUAGCAACGGGCACAUAUCCUGCUCCCACGACGCCGCCGUCCGGCUUGAUCCCGGGUUCCGACGCUUCCGGCAUUGUCCUGGCAACUGGAUCGGCUGUCAGCACCGUCAGAAGCGGAGACCGUGUAGUCACGCACCUCACCUCUGACUGGAUCCACGGCAAACUCGGCAACGAGAUGCAAACUCGUGCUCUCGGUGGCGGUAUCGAUGGAGUGCUAGCUAAGCACGUUGUUUUAGAUCAGUACAAUGUGCUUCCCAUUCCGGACCAUCUGAGCUUCAGGCAGGCUGCCUCGCUACCUGUGGCUGGACUGACGGCGUUCCACUGUCUCUUCGGUCAUGCGGGCAACACCUUGCAACCGGGUCAGACUCUGCUGGUCGAAGGAACGGGAGGAGUAUCGAUCGCAGCGCUUCAGCUAGCGCUCGUCACCGGUGCCCGUCCCAUCGUCAUCUCCAGCAGCGACGAAAAACUCCGUCUCGUCCAAUCCCUCGGUGUCCCCACCCAAGAUUGCAUCAACUACACCUCCGACACAAGGUGGUGGGAGACCGUCAAAUCCCUCACCCCGCGUGGUCAAGGUGUAGAUCACACGAUCGAGAUCGCCGGUGGCUCGACCCUGACCAAGGCUCUACUCGCGACCAAAUCCUACGGCUCAGUAUGGAUCGUUGGGUAUAUGGAUGAUUACAAAUCGUCUGAGAAGGUAGAUGAGGGUUUGCCGGAUUUCGCAAAGGCAGUGCUGUAUUCGCAGGCCAACGUCCAGGGCGUCGUCUGUGGAAGCUACAGGCUGUUCCAACAGUAUCUCGACGCUCACCAACAGGCAGAGCAGAAUGUCCAACGAGGAACGUCCAAGAGAAACCCACUCGAUCCGCUCGUCAUCGAAGAUCAGGUUUCCGACUGGUCGCACGCCAAGAAGGCGUUCCAGCUGCAAGGAUCGGGAAAGUUUGUCGGAAAGAUCAUCAUCGACGUCGUCUCCUCCUAG